AUGCGAGAAGAAUACUGGCCACUGCAAGGCCGCCGUUUGGCGCGAAGUAUUGUGCGUAACUGCUUUCGUUGUACACGCGUUAAACCUGUUCCUGUGCAACAGCAAAUAGGGCAAUUGCCAGUUCAUCGAGUCAUCCUCAGUAGACCAUUCAAUGUCACUGGUAUAGAUUAUGCAGGCCCCGUUUAUCUUAAACCCAUUCACAAACGAGCUCCCGCCGAAAAGGCUUACUUCUGCGUAUUCAUAUGUUUCGCUACUAAAGCGGUGCACAUAGAGCUGGCUAGCGAUUUAUCGACCCAAGCCUUUUUAAGCGCCUUUCGACGUUUCAUUGCCCGGCGGGGACGUCCAGCCCAUGUUCAUUCGGACAACGGCAAAAAUUUCGAGGGUGCGAAAAACGAAAUGGAAAAACUUUUUAAUAUGCUCAAGAAUCCACUCGAACAGGAAAUAAUACAUGCCGCUUGCAUCGCCGAAGGAAUUACCUGGCAUCUUACGCCACCAAAGGCCCCGCACUUCGGCGGGUUGUGGGAGGCGGUGGUCAAGGUGGCUAAAAAACAUUUGUUUCGUCAGCUCGGUGCAUCAAGAUUAUCAUUCGAAGACAUGAGCACAAUUUUAGCACAAAUUGAAUCCCAAAUGAACUCAAGACCUCUGCUGCCACUUUCGGAAGACCCCAACGAUCUAACUGCAUUAACACCGGCCCAUUUUCUCAUCGGUACCACAAUGAACGCCCUGCCCGACCCAGACCUACGCCAGGUUCCAAUGAAUCGUUUGGACCAUUAUCAGAAGCAGCAAGCGUACACUCAAAACUUUUGGGAACAUUGGAAGCGGGAAUACCUGCAGGAACUGCAGAUAGACACAAAAGGAUACAGCCGAAACGACGAAAUUCAACCCGGAAGAAUGGUAAUUGUUGUGGACGAACUACAAGCACCGAUCCGAUGGCCGCUCGCUCGCAUCGUCAGUGUUCACCCAGGAAAGGAUAACAUCACCCGUGUAAUUACACUGCGAACGGCAAAGGGAAUAAUCAAGCGUCCGACGGCAAAGAUCUGUUUGUUGCCGUACACCUCACCAGUAUCCGACGAGUAA